CUUAGGGCUCCGAGAGAGUUUAGGGGUUUGUUGACUGUGACGAGCUAAGCUAUGGCUGGAGCGGCGCUCGUCUUCGCAUUCGUGGCGCUACUCGGCGCCGUGGGAGCGCUCGCGGAUGCCGGCAGUGGUGCGUUCCUUCUCCUGCACAAGGAGGUGCAGAUCAAGCGAUUGAAGCCUGGAUCGGAGCGCAUCACUGUCUCGCUCGUCGUUCACAACGCGGGAUCCACCACAGCGUAUGAUGUGAGCUUGAUCGACGAUUCGUGGCCCAGUUCUUACUUCAAUGUCGUGUCCGGGGACACAUCCACAGCAUGGGAGAAGCUAGAAGUUGGAAAGUCCCUGCAGCAUUCGUUUGUCUUGGAGCCCAAAACCAAGGGUUCGUUCCAAGCCGCUCCCGCGGUCGUGAAGUAUCGCGUGGCGGCCAAAUCAGCGCUACAGGAAGCAUGGUCUACUCCACUGCCGCCGCUGGACACUCUCUCCGACAAACCAAGUGGGAUCAAAUACGAUUUCAUCAAGAACAUCGCGUUGAAAUACGGCCCUCUUGUGUCGGUGCUUUCCAUCGUGGGGAUCUUCGUGUACCUGAUGGUGGCUCCUUCCAGCUCCAAAAAGCCCAAGAGCAAGAAGCGCCGGUAAGAAAACAAGUAUGAGGAAAAUCUCAAAACUCUCAGUAGCAAGCACCAUCACAUCCUCUCGGGAAAACUCAAGCUCUUGAGCGUUUUGACAUGAGCGACCAUCAACUUACCUGAAAAAACACCACUUUGAAUUUAAGUCCUGUUUUCCUA